AUGACCAGCAAGAACGUCGUCUUUGACGUAGUGGGCACCUGCGUCUCCUUCAGCGCCUUCUACGAGACGAUCCAGCAAACCCUGGGCCCGCAACUGGCGGCGCACAACCUCACGGCCCAGACCCUGGGCUUCACGUGGAUGACCAACGCGGAGCUGCAGUUCACCUUCCUGUCCAUCUCCGAGAGCUACAAGCCCUACAAGCAGGUGCUGACGGAGCUCUUCUACCAGACGCUGUUCAUGAUCGGCGUCGCCAACCCGACGGCCUUCGCGACCCCGGCGCAGCGCGACACCUGCGUUGAGGGCUACAGCGCGCUGGCCCUGCGGCCCGGCCUCGCCGAGUGCUUCGCCACCCUCCGCGCCGCCGGGUUCACGGUCUGGUGCCUCACGACGGGGGACACGCAGCGCGUGCGCGGGUACUUCCUGCGGGGCGGCGUCGACAUGCCGGCCGAGAAUUUCUUGAGCUGCGAUACGGCGGGCGUGGCCAAGCCGGCGCUCCAGGCGUAUCGGCCCGCGCUGGAGGCCUUGGGGUACACUGGCGGAGAGGAGGAGAAGCCGUGGUUCGCGGCGGCGCAUCUGUGGGACGUGGCGGCGGCGACCAAGGCUGGGUUCCGCGGCGCGUACUGUACGGUCUACGAGGGGGAGCCGUGUUAUCGGGUCUUUGAGGCCGCGUUGGAUGUUACGGCGGAUGAUUUGGUCGGGAUGGCGGAGGGGAUUGUGCGGGCGACGGAGGGGAGGGUUGAGUAA